AUGCAAAGUGACGCUAAAGUCAUACCUUGUUCGUCGCCGUCGUCGUCGUCGUCGUCAAAAAAACCAGUGUUCGCCUAUUUAGGGUCAUGGGCGGCCUAUCGAUCGGGACGAGGAAAAUUCAACAUCAGCGACAUCGAUCCAAAGCUAUGUGAUUACCUGCUGUACGCCUUUUUCGGUAUCACAGAGAGAGGUACGGUGAUAAUUUUGGAUCCCAAGCUCGAUCUAGAGGAUGACGGUGGGCUAGGAAACAUUCGUCAGUUGGAAGAGUUGAAGCGUAUCAAUCCAUCGCUCAAAACGCUAGCAUCCAUUGGAGGAGCGAAUGUUUCGUCGUCAGCCUUCUCACAAGUGGCCGCCAAUCCCAGUCUGCGAUCGUCGUUUGCUACUAAUGCAAGGAGAUUCUGUAAGGCCCACGGUUUUGACGGAGUUGAUAUAGCCUGGCAAUAUCCUGGUGACGGUGAUCGUUGGAAUUUCGUGCAGUUGCUACGCGUGUUGGCGACCGAACUGCAUGGCGCCGGUCUUAUCUUAACGGUGGCCGUCGGUGCUAGCGAGUCGAGGGCGUUGGAGUCGUAUGAUAUUCACUGCAUCGCACGUCAUGUAGACUACGUCCUCCUUAUGACGUACGAUUAUAACGGCUCCUGGGACAGUUACACUGGCCACAAUGCUCCGUUGUAUGCAGGACCGACAGAUACGACUGAAUUCCAACAAAAGCUAAACAUUGACCAUAGCGUCCAGCAUUGGCUUCGGGAAGGAGCUCCGGCCCACAAGCUGAUUUUGGGUGUACCGACGUAUGGUCGAUCGUUCCAUCUAUCCAAUGUGCUUGGCUAUGGGGUGCGGGCUCCAUCGGACGACGCAGGAGAUGCGGGACCGUACACCAAAGAAGCCGGCAUGCUGGCGUACUACGAAGUGCUUGAGAACUUGCAAAACGGAUGGAUCAAAACCAGGGAUGAUAAGCAGAAGGCACCGUAUGCACAUUCUGGUGACCAGUGGAUGAGUUAUGAUGACAAAGAGAGCAUUACCAACAAGUGCAAGUAUGUUGUUGACCACCAUCUUGGAGGAGUGAUGGUAUGGUCGAUUGAUACGGAUGAUUUCCGCGGAUCCUUAGGGUGUAAAUACCCACUGAUGCAAGCGGUCAAUCAAUGUCUACAGUCCGCAUCCGAGGAUUCUCAACCGUAG